GAGGGCGCGGAGAGCGUCUUAAGGGCCACAGCUGGCCGGUAUCCCGAGUCUCUCUGGGGCUAAGAGGAACCCUGGAAGCAUCACAGCCCCCGGCACCCCUAAGCGUAAGAGGGCCCUGUUGACCCCUAGAAUUUAGAAGGGACUACCCCAGGCCGUGUCCUCGAGAGAAAAGAAUCCCCUCAGAGAGGGGACUCGGUCCUUGGCCAUCCCUUAGAUCGGCGCGGACAGAGUUCCCAUCCCGGAGUCUCCAAGUUGGCCUACCAGCAUGUUCAAGCUGACUUCACUGGGCCCUCCUGGUAGAGACCAGCCAAAGGUUGUCUCUGUCUCUCAAGGCCGGUCUCUGUGUCAAAAACAUAGGCCCCUCACCCGUUACUCUGAACGAGUUGGGUGCCCACAUUUCGAAGAGAAAUCAUUCUGGAGAACCCGGGCCUAUGCGUCCCAGGAGGCUCUCUGGCCUCUAUGCGAUGUUGUCCGUAAGGGUCAAAGACGGUAGGAUUCAAGGUACCCCCAGGGCAGGUUAGUGAGUACAUCAGGUACCUGCUAGGAUUGUGUUUUUCAUGUGUCUGGCUAACUGGAAUAGCACAAGCACAUGUGCCUCUCGAUUCACGUACUACCUGUAAGUAACCGUUACUGGACAUUGUUAAACUAAAACACUGUCCCUUCUACCAUGAACUAAAUGAGAUUUAUUUGAGUGAGGUAGUUGUCUCCAGUCUUGGUGGAAGUUGGCUCCAAGCAGGCAGAUGUCACAGCUUUGUCUGAGCACCUCCCAGUCUGCCAGCUUGCAUAGGGUUAAUAACUAGUAUUUAUGUAGGACAUAAAAGAAGGAUGUCAUUCCGUAAAGUAAACGUCGUCAUCUUGGUCCUGGCUGCUGUUUUCUUCUUACUGGUUUUGCACCAUAACUUCCUUGGCCUGAGCAGUUUGCUAAAGAAUGAGGUUUCAGAUUCAGCAAUUGUGGGGCUUCAGCCCAUAGACUUUAUCCCAAAUGCUCCCCGUCCUGUGGUAGACUGGAGACAAGAGGAGAUUCCUGUGGUUAUUGCUGCAUCUGAAGAUAGGCUCGGGGGGACCAUUGCAGCCAUAAACAGCAUUCAGCACAACACUCGCUGCAAUGUCAUUUUCUACAUUGUUACACUCAAUGGCACAGCAGACCAUCUCCGGUCUUGGCUCAGCAGCAGUACCCUGAAAAGCAUCAGGUAUAAAAUUGUGAUUUUUGACACUAAACUUUUGGAAGGGAAAGUAAAGGAGGAUCCUGACCAGGGGGAGUCCAUAAAACCAUUAACCUUUGCAAGGUUCUACUUGCCUAUUCUGGUUCCCAGUGCAAAGAAAGCCAUAUAUAUGGAUGAUGACAUAAUUGUGCAAGGUGAUAUUCUUGCCCUCUACAAUACACCACUGAAGCCAGGACAUGCAGCUGCAUUUUCAGAAGAUUGUGAUUCAGCCUCUACUAAAGUUAUCAUCCGUGGAGCUGGAAACCAGUACAAUUAUAUUGGAUAUCUUGACUAUAAAAAGGAAAGAAUUCGUAAGCUUUCUAUGAAAGCCAGCACCUGCUCAUUUAAUCCUGGAGUUUUUGUUGCGAACUUGACAGAAUGGAAAAGACAGAAUAUAACCAACCAGCUGGAAAAAUGGAUGAGACUCAAUGUAGAAGAGGGACUGUAUAGCAGAACACUUGCUGGCAGCAUCACAACACCCCCCCUGUUGAUCGUAUUUUAUCAACAGCACUCCACCAUUGACCCAAUGUGGAAUGUCCGCCACCUUGGCUCCAGUGCUGGAAAACGAUAUUCACCCCAGUUUGUCAAAGCUGCCAAAUUACUCCAUUGGAAUGGACACUUUAAGCCAUGGGGAAGAACUGCUUCAUAUACUGAUGUCUGGGAGAAAUGGUACAUUCCUGACCCAACAGGCAAGUUCAGCCUAAUCCGAAGACAUAUGGAAAUCUCAAAUAUAAAGUAAAAUAUAAUUUAUGCUAUAAGCCUUUCUCGGGAAAUCCUGGAACAUAGUACGUGUGGGAAGUAGCAAGUGUGGCACUUGCACCCAUGGAAAAAGGGACAUUUCAACUGGGUAAAGAAGACAAGUAGCACUGUCUGGCAGUCAGCUUCCAUGAUGGACUACAUGUAUUUGAAGUGGUUGCUUACCGUAGUGCUGAAUGACCAGAGAUGGUGAACUGAUAAGGCUGGUACAGCUAGUUCAAAGCUGCUGCUUGGUUUUAAGUUUGUAACCUGUGGCCUGAUCUAUAAAUAAAAUGAAACCUACAUUUCUCAA